AUGGACACGACCGAGGAUUUCAGCCCGUAUCGAGCGGACGGCAAGCUUUAUGGAUUCGUAUGUGUCGUGACAGGAGCAGCCCAGCCUGUUGGCCAGGCUAUAGUCCGUGAGCUCGCAGCCCACGGUGCUGCAUCGAUCUACGCUUGUGAUAAGCCUAAUGCGGCCAAUUCUUUUAGCAAAUUGGCCGAGGACGUUGGUAAGGAGUAUCCAAACAGCAAAGUGAUUCCGUUCCCGUUCAACGUUGCGCGAGAGGACGAAACGCUGGUCCUGAUAGAUGAGGUCCUCAACAACUUUGGGAGGCUGGACGUCUGGGUUUGCUCCUCGGGACUCCUGGGUCCCCCGUCUAUCGAGGCAACCACCCCGAACGAUCUUCAGAAAUGCUUCGAGGCCCAUUCAAUGGCACCCUUCUUCGCACUCAAGUACGCGCCUGCGGCAAUGGCGAAACUGACUGAGAAGGGUUCGUAUCCCAAUGCUGCGCCCAAGAGCCAGAAGUAUGGUUCGAUCAUCGUCAUCAGCAGCGUGGCAUCGAUCCAGGGAGGGUGCUGGGGCCCAUGCUAUACGCUCGCAAGCCACGCCGCCCUGGGCGUUGUCAAGGCCGGUGUUGCGACUUUGAAGGGAACGGGGGUACGCAUCAAUUGUAUAUCGCCGGGUCAGAUCGAUGUCGGUGUUGAUCUUGAAGGGUUCGACAUGCGAGGCAUGACCUCACAGUUUCCCCCGGCUAGCCUUCAGAGACCAGAAGUCCAGAAGACGACGAUUGGGUUGGAGAGAGCUGGGACUACGCAGGAGGUUGCACGCGUAGCGGGCUUUCUUGCCUCUGGCUUCUCCUCUUAUGUCACGGGAGCGAAUAUGAUAGUUGAUGGUGGCGCCUCCGUCAUGAACCCGCUCCUCGUUCCUAUCUGA